AGUUGAUUUACCAAUCUUUCUUUGCUCAGUCAGCUUUCAAUCGCAGAGAACGACUCAACGCAACCCAUUCAUUCCACUGUGCUACCUAGUUUCAUCUGUGCGCAAAAGACGCAUUUGCAAACAUUGCUGUCACCGUUUGCUGCACCUCAGUGGAAUAUCACCUAUCGCAUUCCCGCCCGCGUCGAAUUGCGUCAUCUUCUCUCUGGCGCUGCCCAACCGAACAGCCCCCCCUCGAGUCCCAAUCACGAUCCAGUCCUGCUCGCCCAAUAUCCCGUGGCCUUGAUUUUGAAUAUUUCAAAGCAGCCCGCUCCCCACGAUAAUCUGUUCAAUUCCGGUUUUGAUAACUGUCCGCCAGAACUCACCGCUUGAUCUCAACGACACUCACGUCAAUCCCAUGAUCACCACCACCAGCCCAGCCCAGCCCACUAGCAACACCAACAUCCAUCAUCAUCCUCUUCAUUGCAUCUCAAACUCCACUCAACUCGAACCCACUGCCCAAAAUGCCGCCGCGCCCACAAUACACCACCUUCGAAGCCUCCGACGGCGCCCUCAUCUUCCUCAAAUCUUCUCUCCCCAUCACCAACCCCGACCCAACCUUCAUCCCGGAUUCACCCGUCCUCACCUUCAACAGCAGCACAAGCACAUCCGGAUCCGGCGGUCCGCGUGCACGCAGUGAUUCCAAAGCGUCAGCCAUCGCCGAAGAAGGACCCAAUUAUUCCCGCUUGGUCUUGCUACUGCACGGCUUUUCCGGAUCCAGCGACUACUUUGAUCGCAGCUUUGACGAGCUAGCGAAAAACCAUUGGGUGGUUGCGUGGGAUAUGCGUGGGCAUGGGAGGAGUGGACUUAGAAAGGUGAGGAAGGGAGCCUCGGAGGAAAGCGAGCAGGAGAAUGAUGGGAAGGAAAAGGAAAACGAACAGAAGUACGACACCUACAAAGGAGGAUACCACGUCGCCCGCCUCGCCACGGACUUGCACAACCUCCUUACCUUUCUCAAGACUUCCCGCCUUGGUCCUGGCGGUCCCUCCCCUCAAUCCCAAUCCCUGCCCCAACCCCCGCUAGAGGUGAUUGGCGUAGGCUGUUCCAUCGGCGCCGCCAUUCUCUGGACAUACAUCGAACUCUUCACCGACUCUGAUUUCAGCGGAUUCAUUUUCGUCGACCAAGCGCCUCUUCAAGAUCGCUCUUUAUUUGAUUCAUGGGACGCCACCAAAGCUCAUAAAGGAUGCUACGACGAAGCGACGAUGCUUAGUGCUCAGCAGGCAUGGAAUAAACUCCCGCAGGACCGACAUGCUACGCACCUGGGACUGGUGGAUGAAUGUUUGGGGUAUAGAUACCAUCCCUUGCCCACUGACAAAAUCUCGGAGGAGGAGAAGAAAGAAGAUGAAGAGUUCUUUACGGGGAUCAGUGCGCAGUGUCCUUCUGGGGAGUGGUUGGCAAGGUUGAUUGCUGAUCAUACGAGGUAUGAUCACCGGGAGGCGUGCGAGGGGAUUAGUAAGCCGGUUUUGGUCAUGGGCGGAAAAAGGAGCGGGUGUUUUAGUUUGGAGGGGAUGGAGGAGGUGGUGAAGCGGGCGAAAAAGGGGGGGAAUGAGAGGGCGGAGACGAGUUGGUAUGAGAGUGGACAUUGGUUGUUUUGGGAGGAGGCGGAGAGGUUUAAUGGGGAGGUGUUGGAUUUCGCAAAGAGGUGUUGGAGUGAGUGAGUUGUGGUUUAAUGAGAGAUGAAGAUGAGUUGCGGCAGGUCUAAUCUGUUGUACACCAUGAGAAGAAGAGAUUCGUCAAGUAUUACAAGCCCUUUGUCAACCCUCAAUAACACUCCUCACCCAAACUUUGCG